CCUAUUCGUGUUUUUUAUACAUGUUACAGAAACUGUGAUGGACUGGGUUUGGUAUGAUUGGUGGUGGAUCAGGACUGCUGCAUCAAGAGCUUAAUGUUUCAUUUCUGGUUAUCUGGCAAAACAAGCAAGUUGCAAGAAAAUCCAUCUACCAUAUGAUGACCUUAACUCACGUCCUGGCAAGUUAACAUAACCUACUCUGGGACGGGCUCCCUUCAAUAUCUCUGCCAUAAACAUUUUCUCCUGAAAACCUCGUCAGGCUUGCUAUUUGCCAUAGUCCAAUUACAAACUUCUGGGUAGGAGAGUUCAGGUAUGUAAAUAGACGAUCAUUUGUUAUUUAGUGUGUUCUUGUAGUUCAGGUUGGAUUAUUAUUCGACUAACCUUGUUUUCUGCUUUGCCAUUUUUGCAGCCAUACAUUCUGCUUGUAAUCUCGUACUCUGCAUAAAUCUAACUGCAGUCCCCGAUCUAUCACAGUCUUCAAUUCGCAAGGAAUUCUUGCUCUGGGGAUGCAAAAUCCUAGUUGAGCUACCUUUCUGUGUUUAAUAUCUUUGACAAGUUCAUCAACAUUUGACCUUGUAAGAAUCUGGCGAGUCUUCCUUCCAAUUAGUAUGGUCCUAAUCAGUGGUUACUCAAAGAUCCUCGUACAGAACAAGAAGAUUUUCAACAUCCUCAAAUUUUAGACAACUUCUCAAUCUCCGUGGGACAUUCUCGUUCUCGUCGAGGGAUCAGGUACAGUGAAAAGGGUAGUUGAGGAUGCUUGGUGUAUCAAUGUUACUGAUCGGGGGUAAAUUUGUGAUGAAACUUUGUUCACGAGUUGACUGCUGACUCGCUUGUUCCCACAUCGUCUUGUAUCCGUGGUUUCACAAGAACAUUGAUCAGGCAGGGCUCACUGUUUCAUUCAGGUUACGUACCUAGAAGAAGAUGGAACACCAGAAAUGGUAAUAAGACAGAGGAAUGUUACCCGUCCACCUAUCGACAAGAAGUCAACGCUCCACUUAUCAACCUCCCCCCAUAAAGAAAAGAAAAGAAAAGAAUAGCCCACAAAGUCAAGUCAGCUCUUCAAAGCUCAACUUGCUGGCUACAAGUCCUUGGAAGCCAACAUAUGGCUCUCUAACAGUUCCAUCAGAAAACAGAUCUGGAUCUUGGCAGAAAUGGCUUGCUCCUCUGCCUUGGCUUUAAUGCCUUCUCCUCCUUCCUCCCCCUCAUCACAGGAUUUCCAGUACACCGGAGAAUGGGAACACGAUGUCUUCUUGUGUUUCAGAGGCGCUGAUACCCGCCAUGGUUUCACCAGCCACCUCAUGGCUGCUCUGUCCGACAAGCAAAUCAAAGCCUUCAUCGACGGCAAGCUCCGGAAAACAGAGUGCAUCGACGAGCUCCUCUCCAUUCUCCAAAAAUCAGCACUAUCAAUCGUGAUUUUCUCCGAGAAUUUCGCUGAUUCAACCUGGUGUUUGGAAGAGGUGGCCAUGAUAGCUCGAAGGUACGAGAAGUUCGGGCACCGGGUGCUUCCGGUUUUCUAUAAAGUGGAUCCGUCCGAUGUAGCAGGGGAUUCUGGAAGGUACGCUGCUGCCAUUGAUCACAAACAUGGAGCUAGCAGAUAUCUAGAGGAUAGGAAAAGAUGGAAGGUUGGUCUGAAAACUGUUGCUAAUUGUGUUGGCCAUACCUCUCAGUCAAUUGAGAUUGAGUCCGACUUAAUCAGGGAGGUAGUUAACGAUGUUCAGAGGCAGCUUACAGACAUGUCACCUAGCAUCAUGCCUGACAACCUGGUUGGUAUAGACUCACGCAUUAUGGGGAUUAAGCAGCUCUUAGCCAUGAACACAUUAGACGGUACUCGCGUCAUUGGACUUUGGGGAAUGGGUGGAUCGGGAAAGACGACUCUGGCUACAGCUUGCUAUCAAAGAUUUGUGUGCUCAAUGAGAGACACCAAACAUUACUUCUUUAAAAGAAUCAAUGAAAGUUGUGAAAGUGUGUCUGGGAUUGAAGGGCUGAUACAAGAAUUGUAUUCAACUCUUCUGUCAGAGAAAGGUGUAAGUCGUGAAACUUUGGAUAUUCGUUUUCGAAGAACACGUCUUUCGCGUUUGAAGGUGUUUAUUGUUCUUGACGAUGUGGAAGCUCCAUCACAGUUGGAUCAAUUACUUUUGGGAAGUGCCUUGGACCCAACAACACUAUUUGCGGCGGGAAGUAGAAUCAUUGUCACAACCAGAAAUAAAAGAGUGCUUCAGUAUGCGAGGGCAAAGAUUUAUGUUGUUGAUGGUCUACGUAAAGACGAAUCUCUUCAACUCUUUAGCUUGCAUUCAUUCAGACAAAGGUCACCUCCUAGCAAUUGGAAGGGGCUGUCACGUCAAGCUAUAUCAUACUGUGGAGGAAAUCCUUUGGCUCUUAGAGUUUUGGGGAGUAGGCUCUUCGGCGAGGAUCAAAAUUAUUGGAAUAGUUUUCUGGGGGAUCUUGAACCUGGUAUCCAUAAUGUUCUUGUGAGAAGUUACCUUAAGCUGGGAGCUGAUGAGCAGAGGCUAUUUCUAGAUUUUGCUUGUUUCCACAAGGUGUCGUCGAGAUCUAGAAUGACAAAGUAUAUGACAAGUAAGUAUGGCUCUCAUGCUUAUAGCAGAAUAAAGGAUCUAAUUGAUAAGUCUAUGUUCAUCUGUUUUGCCACCAAUGGUUACGAGCAUAUUCAUGUGCAUGACCUGCUCAGAGAAAUGGCUUGGAGAAUUGUUAAUGAUGAAAGAAAGCUUGAAAAUCGAGCUAGGUUAUAUAACCCUGAGGAUGUUCAUAAAUUAUUCACGAAUCGGGAGCAUUCAGGAGCAAAUGUGUUCCAGGGUGUUAUAGCAACUGAAGCUAUAUGUCUGGACAUCUCCAAGGCCAAAGAGAUGGAUUUGAAACCCAACGCCUUUGAGGGAAUGCACUCUCUUACAUAUCUUGUGUUUUGGUACCCGAGAGCAGUUUUGCAUAAGAGUGGCUCUUUACCCUCUCAUCUUUGCAAUAUUCGUCUGCCAGAUAAUGGUCUUGACUCUCUUCCUAACGAGUUAAGAUAUCUGCGCUGGGAUGGAUUCCCCUCAGAAUCUCUGCCAUCAAGAUUUAAUGCUGAAUACCUUUGUUACCUUGAAAUACACCAUAGUCCAAUUGUAAGAUGUUGGGAAGGAGUUGAGCCAAGCCUUGUAAAUUUGGUGUCUCUAGAUCUAUCCUACUGCAUACAUUUAAGUAAUGUUCCAGAUUUGUCGAAGUCUGCAAAUCUCGAGGUCCUCGUGCUGAGGGGAUGCGAAAGCCUAGUUGAGCUGCCUCUGUACCUCUCGUAUGACAAACUGACAUUGUUGGACCUCAGAGAUUGUCAAAGUUUGAGUCGUCUUCCGACAACAUUCAACUUCAAGUCCUUAAAAAGUAUGUACUUAUCCAAUUGUCCCAAAGUCAUCCGCUGUCCAGAGGUCAAUUCAGGAGAGUUAGUGUAUUUGGAUUUAAUGGACACACCUGUAAGAAAGUUGCCGAGUGCAAUCUACAAUGUCAAGCAAGGUGGGGUCCUACGUCUUUGCGGCAAACGCAUCACCAACUUCCCUGCUAUUGCAGCAAGCCUGAAUUUGUUUCGGCUGUGCCAUACCACUGUAAGAGAGAUGGAUAUUUAUGAUGAACAUCAAGUUCCCUCUAAAUUAUCACCUCGAUUUGUUCGAUUGGAGUUGGUUGGCAACUCUGAACUUAAGAGGCUGUCAAGGAAUAUUUGGAAGAUGGUCUCUCAAACACUUCUUCUUGCGGAAUCCCCGUUGAUUGAAAGUUUGCCAGAAAUAUCAGAGCCUUUUAAUCACUUAACUGAGCUUGCAAUAAUUAGAUGUCAAAACCUGAAGAGUUUUCCGAUUGGCAUCAGCAACCUGAAAUCUUUGCAGGUCCUCCAUUUUGUUGGCACGGAUGUAAAGUCCCUGCCUUCUUGGAUCGAGGAACUGGACCAGCUCUCUACGUUAGAUCUUUCUUUUAAUAAAGGCCUAGAAUUUGUCUCGAGCAACAUCUGCAAACUUGCCAAUUUAUCCAUCUUGUUCUUGAAGGGCUGUUCAAGGAUUCAAUCUUUACCAGAACUUCCUCCAAAUCUUGAUUCUCUGCAUUUAGGUGGUUGCAAGUCGUUACGGGUCUUACCAAGCAAUUACAGGAAGCUGAGAUGGAAGCGUGUGUUGUUUGAUGACUGCACGUUGGACGCUAAUUCGCAUAAAGAAAUGGUGGAGACUUUCCCUAAUCAAGCAACAGUGUCUCCACAUCUUCAGGGUGGUCUUCAGUAUUGGGGGAGCGAGAUUCCAGAAUGGUUUGCCUACAAAAGCAUGAAUGAUAAGGAUGAUUCACGUGUGAUGGUGCAAUUGCCUACAUGCAAUAGCAACCGACGAAUUAAGGGAAUCGCAUUCUGUAUUGUGUGUUCUUCGGACAUUUUCAUCUAUCCAUUGUGUAUGAAAUGCAAUUGUGACAUCGAAACUACAACUGCUGGCUCUUGGAGUUCUCCUGAUUUGCAUUUGGGUGGUACUACGUCAUCAUCAGAUAAUGUAUAUAUGUGGUUUGACAAAAACUUGUUAGGUGAGACUCCAUCAGAAACAUUGUCAGACGAGACCAAUGAAGGAAUGCGAGACGAAGCAGAACCUUGGUAUGUGAAAUAUGCUGGGGUCACUGUGUCGUUCAGAUUCUCCUUUCUAGCAAGAAAGGAAGAAGAUGUCAAGAACUUAAGGAAAGCUAAACUCAAAAGGCUUGGCAUCUCUCUACUUUACUAACUGCUGUCUGCUGAUAGAUUGACAGUCGAGGAAAAUGUGGAAAAUGGACAAUCCAUUGUCGUUGUUUUCUGGCAUGUCAGGCCUCCAUUGCUUCACUCUGGUUCUGCCCUCAAGCAACAAGCGAAGUUGGUCUCCAGAAAUCGAAGAACAUCAAUACCGAAAGGUUUGACAUCUCUGUACUUACUGCUCAUUGACAAAUAUUUGGAUAGACUCUUAUUUUUCCUUUUGUUUGAUCUCCUGCCCCUGAAUCAUGUCUUGUUUGUUGCAAUUCUUCUUGGUAGUAGAUGAAUCAGAGUGUCGAAAUGUGAUUACUUGUUCUACCUCCCUGUUAUUACUUGUUCCACAUUCCAUGCUUCUCUCUUUUCUUUUAUACCGUAAGAACAUUUUCAGAGCUUCAACCAAUACUGUUGCAGGCUUGCAGCUACUUCAUUCAAUUCAGAGUUAGUGCCCUUCUGACAUCUGAGUUGGUUAAGGUUUUGGUAAUAUGUUUGGAUGAUACUAAACGAUAGCAAGAAAUUUCAAUAGUUGAACAGCAGCAUCGUUUUGAUGGAAACUUGAAAUUUAGGAUCAUUGUCUAUAUGGGGUGCAGGUAUUACUGGACCUCAAAUAAUUUUGUGCAGCAUGUGAUGCAUAUGGCUUCUAUUUUUCAUGAUUUUUCUUCUGUGGGCUGGGAAGUUCCAAUCCUAUAUUCUGCUAAAUGGAUGGUGUCCUGGCUGGGGCUUUGUUGGUGUAGGUGGAUGGUGCGGCUCGUCAGUGCUCCCAUGGGGUUGGAGGCUGUGUUUUCGGCGACUUGUCGGGUACGGUGUUGGGUGUUGCAGCCUCCUCUAUGACGCUAUUGUGGAUCCUUUCCUGGUGGAGCUUUUGAUACUUAGGGAUGCAGUUCGGUGGUGCUUCGCUAGUGGUGUUCAGCUGGUGGUACUUGUGGGCGAUGCAAAGGUGGUACUCGAUUGGUAGUUGUGGGUUAAGGAGAAGAUGUUCGUGGUGGAGCGAUUUUGGAGGAAAUUCGUUUGCUUCGCCAGUGCUUUCAUCAAUUUAGCAUUCGGUUUGUUGGUCGAGCUCACAAUAGGAUGCACCAUCUGGAUGUCAGAAAGUCAUUUAUUUGUACCCAAGUUUGGUAGGAUUUUAUGUUCUUUUGCGACUUUUUCAAUUGUGUGACUCUCUGUUCCUCUCUAUAGUGCAAGUGAGCGACCUUACGACAAGAAAACGUGAACUAUAAGUUCUAGGAAUAUGAGAAUAUUUUUUUUUUUACAUUAAUGAAAUGUUUCUCUGAGGAGGAUGAAUCGAUCUAUUCCAUCGAAAUUCCUUCCCAAAACUUUUAUAUGUUGUUUUCGUACUUAGUUGUCGGGUUUAAGUGGUUUUCAAACCCUAACCAGAUUAUCUCAAGCAGUUCUAAACUGAGUUCAAUUUAAUUCCAACUGAUUCUAGAAUUUUGCCGUGAUGAGCUGACAAUCAUUAUGAUUAAAAAAACUGAGCCACAUUUUUAUUUCUAGAACAGUAUCUCCGGCAUUCUCUUUAAUUGUGGGAGUAAUCAACUUUGGGAUUGAAU